GUUGUGUCAUCUUUCUAAUCAUCCGAUACUAUGCUAACAUUGGUAUGAUUUUAGAUUAAGCCCAAACAAAGGAAAUUAUUUGAAUCUCCACAAAGUCAACUGUAAACACCUUGUGAACCGGUAUCACAUAUCAUUCGCUGUUUCAAUACCCGCUAUUUCCUUUUAUACCUCGUUAUCAUUUCAAAAAGAGCUGAUAAUACUUUUACCGGGACAAGUGAAUGUGUAUCCCGUAUUGUUAGUAGAUCCCCGUCUAGAGAAACAUCAUGAAAAGCGAAAAUAUGACCACUUUUGAAUUUUCAAAGAACAUUACCACAAUGCCGACAAUUACGACAACACAUGUUUAUGAAAAUGCAGCCCCUGUGACUCUUCUGUUUAUAUUUGGAGUAGUUGGAAACGCAAUUGCUCUUACAGUUUUGUGCUGCUCAGCUAAAACUCACAAGUGGCGUCCAUUUUACAGAUUUGUCUGUGGGCUUGCUAUCUCCGAUGGUGGAGGGAUUCUAGCUUCCUACCCCUUUGCAGAGUACCGUUACAUAUCUAAAUUUAACUAUACUUUUCCGAAGCCAUUGUGUGAUUACCUAGGCUUUGUGUUCAUGUUCACUCUGAUGUCGUCUGCCAUGAUCGUGUGUUGUAUGUCGUUUGACCGCUUCUUUGCAACUUUCUAUCCAUUCCUUUACAAUUCUCCGCAGAAGGAACUCCGAACUAACAUCACACUCGGGGUUGUAUGGUGUUUAUCCGGAAUUCUAUGCAGUCUUCACCUGUAUGGCUUUGGAUCAAGCAAAAAUGUUUACCCAGGGUCUUGGUGUUUUCUGAACUUUAUUGAGUUAAAAAAUAAUCCAAAGGCAAGAGAGAACAUAAUAUAUUCUUACAUAUAUGCCAUAACCGGUGUUAUAGUUGUUUUUCUAACUAUCAUUAUCAACAUGUUAGUUGUGUUCUUCUUCGUCAGAAACAGAAUCGUCCAAAGGAAAAGAAGCAGAAAACGAGAUCUGCACGUGAUUGUAUUCCUCCUAACCAUCGUCACAGUGUUCACGUCUUGCUGGGCACCUCUUAUGGUAAACAUACUUCAGCAUGCUUCCGGUGCCACUGAUGGCGAGGGUAAAACGGAACUGAAUCUGCUGCGCAUGGGCGUCACAAAUUCUGUGGUAGAUCCAUGGAUAUAUAUUCUUUUCCGGAAAGAGGUUCUCCUUCUUUUAUUGGGUGGCAUGGAACGUUUGGUCGGGAAGAAAUUCGAAAUCCGCCACGAAUUAUCGGGAAUGUCAGGAACCGCCGAUACAAGCAAAACGUCAGCAUCAAACCGUACUCCUAGCACUAAAUUAUCAGAUGACGGCGGGGUAUACAAAGGAUGAUGUGUGCAUAAUAAAUAAACCUUUUCAACAUUGUAUGAUUUUAUGGAAGUGGCUUUUCAUUUUGAUUAAUGUUAUCACGUUCGCAUGAUAAAAUUAAAUUUGAAAGCUAAUUUUUUUUCCCCAAUGACAAGCGUUUUUAUGAUUUCAGUUUUUACCUUACUGUGUUCAUUUUUGAAAAUCAUUAGAUAAAAAAUCAAACAUUUGUAGAUAACUUCUUGUUGCUUUUCUUUUGUGUAUCAGUAUAAAUAUGAUACCAAUUUUGAAAUUAUAAAAACAAAAUACUGCUAAGAGUAUACGUUAUACAUUG